AUGCCCACACUUCUAGCCGCCACUCCAGAUGCUCGACCAAUGAUUUGUCAGCACAAGUAUGGCCGACGGCUAGUCGAACUACCAGAUGCUCCACCGUGCCCUGACCUUCAUGAACAGUUUGGUGGCACGCCAAUACCCGCCUCUUUCGAAAUUUACAAACCCACCCCUCAAAUCACAUUUACACCCGCUACAGCGUGCCAAAUUGUAAGUCAAACAAAAAAGUAUUUUACUACUCUAACUGGCCUUAAAGUAGAACAGUUACCUAUGCCUAAAUACGAACCCGUUUCCGAACAGCAAUGCCGAGACAUGACAGUCUCUAGAACGUGUGGUCACGGCACGUUACAUCCAAAACUGGGUGGCUGGGCCACCAACAACCAGUUCUACAACGACAAUCCCUUACCCUUCUUUGGCUCUUUUGCUUGGAGAUCACAAACCGUACACAACUGUAUUUCCUUCCCAACAAGCAUUGAACUAAACACCUCAAAUUCUGCCGUAUCAUCAGCACUUGGCUCACUUACUGACUGCAAGUACCAGUCAUCGGCCUGUACCACCAGUGAUGGCUCCAGACUGCUAUGGACCCCUUCUGAGAACAAAACCUGCCCCUAUUCUCGUGUUGGCUCCUAUUCAGGUAAGUUAUUAGGAAAAGUAUGGCUUUCUGAUUCUCGGCAAUUUGCCUUAAGCAUUGAUGAAAAUUUUAAAGUCAUUAAGUCUUGUAAUCAACCUUUUAUUCUGACCCCACAAGGUUUUGCUGUUACCAUUCCUAAAAAGAGGCAGCCUCGAGCAGCCACAUCUACUGUAGUUGACUCCUCGCUACUUUCUGCACAGUUGCAGGCAUUGCAGCAACAAACCGUCUCGCUCUUGCAACAUUCCUUUCAUUCUUUAGUUCAACAAGUAUGUUUCUUACAAAAUUCCACUGCGGCCCAUUGGAAAUUACUCGCAGUAGAGAACCCUACGGCUACUUUACGCUCUCUUUUGGCUAAUCCUUACAUUCACGCUCGGAUUCUAACGUCUAAAAUUGCCGAAAUUUUUCCCUGCCAACCUGUAGACCCUUCCACCAUUCAGCCAAGGAUAGUUGAUGGUUCUAAAUGCUUUAAAUACACUCCAGUUUACUUAUCAAACCCUCUUAAGACCAGCCAAACCCUGCCCGCUUUUCUAGACCCUAUCCUAUCCAUUCUCACAGUAGACAGCCCUUCCAUACCGUGCUCCACAGCAUCAUCCUCUCUCCUCCUCACUCCUACUACUUCUGUUGAGAUUUCUGACGAUAGAACGGUUAUUCCGUUCGAUAAAAACUCAGUCAACAAGAUCACACUGCCUGACCCUGUUGAACAUGAUGCCCUCCCGUUAGUCAUGUUUACUGCCUUCGACCUUGCCAAUUUCUCAACUUCUCCUCAUCUUCAGCACUGGCAGGCUGCUGCCAAGCCUGAACUGCACCUUGGCGAGGGUGGUACUCGCCCUGACAAUAACGGAUUCAUGUCUCAAGUCCACACCCCGUCGUUCCUCUCCCUAUUCUUGCCUCAAUUCUCGACUUUUCAGCUAUGGGUAGCACUUUGCUCUCUUAUUGUAACAUUCAGGGUCUUCAUCAUACUUAUCUCGUUGUAUCUCAGACCGUACUACCUUAUGCUCAAAGCUUAUUAUUAUCAGAGAAAGCCUAGCACUCGUUCACCCUCUGAUAUAAUCCUUGAUGAUGUCUACAAUCCGUGUAUUAACAGCGUUUCCUCUCCUUCUAUCUACGCUCAAAUCCCUAUACGCAUCAACGGACAUGAAGUCUCUGCACUUCUUGAUACCGGUGCCUCUCUAACACUCAUGAGCUCGGCUUUAGCACCAGCUGUGGGCAUUGAGAUUAGCUCUUCGAAUUCGGCUCAAGCCACUUCAGCCAGUGGUCAUGCGUUAGACAUGCAUGGCUCAGCCAUGGCCACGGUUGAAAUCGGUGGCAUUUCUCGUUCAGUCAGCAUCUCUUUCACUAGCAACUCUCAUAUUCGCGACACAGCGUCAUACGAUCUCAUUCUCGGCUGUGAUACUCUAGAGAAAUUUCCACCUUUUUCGUUAGAUUUUGCCUCACGAACUGUUCAUUUUGGCAAUGAUACCAUCCCUCUUCUAAGCCCUGAACAGAUGAUGCUAAGACCCCGCAAACUCAAGUCAUCUUCUAUGUGCAAAAUUCCACCUAGGUCGAUGAUUGCGGUCCCCUGAAUGGCUAUUGCAGCUGACCUACCUGAAGAAUAUAAUCUUCUUGCUGAAACUCCUUCUCGUUCAGUUAAAGAAGCUGGCCUCGAGCUGAUACCAUCAAUCAUCGAUCAAACCACAACCAGCCUGUUAAUUGCUAACCCAUCUACACAACCAAUAACCAUUUUUCCUGGUCAAACAUUCACGUUGUCAUCUCCUGUCCUUCAGCAAACUUUAACCCCUUCCUUUCCCUGUAACUCAGUCCAAUCUAGAACUCAUCCCGCUACAGCACACGACCCUGCCUUUUUCGUCGACCUAAAUAAGUCAGCAACGACUGGUCCUGAUUAAAGCUUCAGCAUCUUAUAGAUAGCUAUUCAGACGUUUUUGCUUCGAAUCAGUACGAUUUAGGCUGUGCCAACGUUCCCCCGCAAGACAUUCACACCACUACAGAAGUUCCCGUCUUCUCCAAGCCUCACCGUGUUCCCUACAACUACAAAAAAGAUUUUGACGAACACAUGGACAAGUUACUCCAAUCUGGAGCUAUGAGACCUUCUCAGACUCCCUGGGUAAGUUCCGUCGUCCUAGUCAAGAAGAAAGAUGGCAGUCUUCGGCCGUGUAUAGAUUUUCGCAAGCUUAAUGCUGUGACAGUACCUGAAAGGUUUCCGAUGCCCUCAAUAGAGGACAUCAUGGGCCGAGUGGGUGGCUGUCAUUGGUACUCUUCGCUCGAUCUGGCCUCAGGCUACUGGCAGAUUCCAUUAUCUGAUGAAGCCAUAAAAAAAUGUGGUGUUAUCACCUAUAAAGGCGUCUAUUAA